AUGUCCGGAGCUCCACCGCCGCCGUUACCAACCUCCUCCACGUCACCACCACCACCACCACCUCACCGCUCGUUAACCGUCAAGACUCUAAGUCCGAGCAUUCUCAUCAUCCUCCUCAUCGUCGUCGUCACCGUCGUGGCCUCAUUCUCGCUCUGCCGAAUCCUCCGCUGCAUCAACAACCGCUUCCUCCGCCACGUCAGCUCUUCCUCCGUCGACAACGGUUCCACGCGCGUCUCCAGCCGGCGAGUCUCUCCGGCCGAAACCUCCGCCGCGGUCUCCGAUCCCGUCGCCUCGCUCCCCGUCUUCACCUUCUCCACCAUCAAGCGCCGCCGCGAGUCCUCCACCGCCGUCGUCGCUGCAGACUGCGCCGUCUGCCUCUCCAAGUUCGAGCACGACGAUCAGCUCCGGUUGCUUCCGCUGUGCUGCCACGCCUUCCACGUAUCAUGCAUCGACACGUGGCUCCGCUCGCAGCAGACCUGCCCGCUCUGCCGGUCGCCGAUUUCGGCCUCGGACUCCGAGCUCAUGACGCUCGUCGAGAAUGCAGGCUCCUCCAUCCGCGGCGGCGGCGACAGCUUCCGCCUCGAGAUUGGCAGCGUCAGCCGCCGCCAAACGACGACGUCCAACUCCAGCGCCCGGCGCUCCUACUCCAUCGGAUCGUUCGACUACCUCGUCGACGACGAAUCGGAGGUCCAGCUCACCAAUGCUAGAAACGGCUCGUCUGACCGGAAAGAGGAGGUGAUCGUCGUUCUCGGCGAGCUCCCGCCGCCGUUGCCGUCGGAGGCCGCCAGUCUAGCUGCUGACGUGGCAAACGGUCGGAGCUGGCUUAAGGAUUUCGUCGACAGGCUAUCCAGCUCUUCUUUACGAAGCUCAGGCAGAUUCUUUACCGGGAGUAGCCGUCGGAGCGAGAUAGGCGGAGAGUGGAUAUCGGAGUCCGGCCAACUCGGCGUGGAGUUCUCCGAGUAUUUCCGGUGGUUAUCGGAGGUAUGA